UAAUAGUUCUCAAGAUGUUUAAAACUAAUGUCAUUUACAAUGGAAACCUCAGAAGCUUACAUGGGAAGAAAAGUUUACAAAAUGUUCAGUUGUAGCAGGGGUUCUAGUAGCGAAGCUGGGAAGGCGCUAGUUGCUCUGGUAGGGAAGGAGCAGAGCCCUGACCCGCCCUCACCUGACCUCCUCCCCCGCCUCAUAGCAGGGGUUUGGUUCCUGGGUUCACUAAGGUUAUCUAGCUGAUUCACUGUUGAGGUAAAAACAGGACUGAGCUCAUGGUGUUGAAAGCCACUGAAAGCGGAGGAAACUAGUCAUGAAAACCCUGACUAUCAGCUGAGAGAUCACUUCCCAAUAACUCCUGGCAAGAGCUAAGUACUUUUCUCCAGGCUGGUGCACGUCUUCAGGGCUGGUCAGGACACAGAGCUGUUUCAGCCUAGGUGGGCAGUGAUUGCUUCCUCCAUGUUUGAGGGCGCUGAGCUGUACUUCAAUGUGGACCAUGGCUACCUGGAGGGCUUGGUGCGAGGGUGCAAAGCUGGCCUCCUGACCCAGCAGGACUACAUCAACCUGGUCCAGUGUGAGACUCUGGAAGAUCUGAAAAUUCAUCUCCAGACCACUGAUUACGGCAACUUCUUGGCUAAUCAACCAAAUCCUCUUACUGUUUCCAUUAUUGACACAGAGAUGAGGAAAAAGCUAUGCAGAGAAUUUGAGUAUUUCCGGAAUCAUUCCCUGGAGCCUCUGAGCACCUUCCUUACGUACAUGACGUGCAGUUACAUGAUAGACAAUGUGAUUCUACUGAUGAACGGUGCAUUGCAAAAAAAAUCUGUGAAGGAAAUUCUGGUGAAGUGCCACCCAUUGGGCCGUUUCACAGAAAUGGAAGCCGUCAACAUUGCAGAGACACCAUCUGAUCUCUUUAAUGCCAUUCUGGUUGAAACACCAUUAGCUCCAUUCUUUCAAGACUGUAUGUCUGAAAAUACUCUAGACGAACUGAAUAUUGAAAUACUGCGCAAUAAACUAUACAAGUCUUACAUCGAGACAUUCUAUAAAUUCUGUAAGAAUCACGGUGAUGUCACAGCAGAAAUUAUGUGUCCCAUUCUUGAGUUUGAGGCUGACAGGCGUGCUUUUAUCAUCACUCUUAAUUCCUUCGGCACUGAGUUGAGCAAAGAAGACCGGAAGACCCUCUACCCAACCUGUGGCAAGCUCUACCCCGAGGGGCUGCGUCUACUGGCUCAAGCAGAAGACUUUGAGCAGAUGAAGAGGGUAGCAGAUCAUUAUGGGGUAUACAAGCCUUUGUUUGAGGCUGUAGGUGAUGGCAGUGGGGGAAAGACAUUGGAAGAUGUGUUUUAUGAGCGUGAGGUACAGAUGAAUGUGCUGGCAUUCAACAGGCAAUUCCACUAUGGUGUGUUUUAUGCUUACACAAAGCUGAAGGAACAAGAAAUAAGAAAUGUCGUGUGGAUAGCUGAAUGCAUUUCACAAAGACACCGAACUAAAAUUAACAGUUACAUUCCAAUCUUAUGACCCAGUGGGGGGCCCCAAGUGCAGAAAAUCAUAAAUGUUAAGAGGAAGUUACUGAGGGAAAUAAAAGGAAUUGUGUUAUAUUAUCUAGAGCACACAAAAUAAGCGACACUGCACUUCAUGAAUUGCAGUCCCACUGGAAACACAGCAAACCAACCCUAAAACAAAGCAUUUCUUUUUCCUCCAGAAGCCUUAAAUCCUGUUUCCACAGUUAUGUAUCAUUCUUCACUGGGCCUCAGACAUUAAUUUUAAUUAACCCUAUGGUACUUUUCCUAUUUUUGUUUUGUUAUUUCAAAAAUCAAAUCUAUUACAAAUGUUUCACUCUUGCUUUCCCAUGCUUCCUCAUAGGCACAAACUCUGAGUGUCUGUUUUAUUUUUUAACUCCCUAGGUCCACAAAAAUCCAGAGCUAUGCAUAGUCAACAUGGACUUCAUAUGGUGGAAAAUACCAUAUAUUUUUCUAACACAUUUUGAUCUUAUAGAUUUGGGAAAGCUAGAUAAUUCCAAAUCAUAUUCACUGGAUGAAAGUAGUGUUAAAUUUGUGAUCAAGGCUUAUAAACACUUAUAACUUAUUUUCUCAAAAUUGUCUUUAAAUAAAAGAUAUACCUCUCUUUCUUA